AUGUCCAGCAAUACGAAAACUGUUGGUGCUAUUCAUCGGGCGACGUAUAAAUAUAAUGGAACAGAAUCGAAUACGAUCAAUCUGGAGCCAGGCCGGGUUUACUGUAUUAUUGAAACGACUACGUCUGACUGGUGGCUAGCUGCAAAUGAGAAGGGUCAAGUUGGUUACGUUCCAGGAUCGUAUCUCCCCGAGCACCUUGGUAGAAACGCGACAUUUACGAAGAGAUUUCUAGAAAAGGCCAUCGCAGUUCUUUUUCACGAGAUGGCAAAUCGGCCUACAGCAGAAAACCGGGCCCUGAUGACGAAGCUCAAGAAUCUCCGUGAAGCAGUGGAAAACUGGGACUUGAACUCAAGCAUGUCGGACACAGACGCGCAAGAAGUCGAAUCGCAGCUUUGUGCCAAGCCAAAAAGAAGCCAAACUCUUCCUGUCAAGAAAAACAAAGCUCCUCCGCCACCGAUGAGAACGGAAAGCUCCCAGUCUUCGGCGAGCUCCGCGAUUUCUGUCAUCCGACAAACAGUCGGUCCAAAUGGCUUACAAGCACCGAAAAAAGAAAAGGCCCCUGCACCUCCAGUUUAUUCUGACGGGGACACAAGCAACGUGACACAGUCUGAAGUAAGCUCGAUAGAUGACACUUCAGAUAACAGCACCGACGUUGAACAAGAGCGCCAGCUUCGCCAGCAAUCCUAUGUCUCUAUUCAAAGCCAACCGGAUGUUUCCGCAGCGCUAGAUAACGUUUCAGUGCCGGAGAACUUCGGAACGAGCUUGGUUCGACUUGUCAAAUCAGAGUCGGGCCUUUCUUCAGAGAAAUCGAGGAAGCUUCUCAGAUCGGUCUUGUGUCAUUUGGGCGAGAACGUACCAGAGCUGGAUCGAUUGAUGGACAAAAUCAUGACAGAGUUCUUAGCAGAUGUGAAAUUCGCGAGAGACCAGGACGACGAAAAGGAGCUAGUGGAGAUUUUCGAGCAGUUGGAGCAUCUCAAAGAUGAUAUGCAGCAGAUCACGAACCCGAUUCAAGAUGACUUCGACAAGAUUCGAAAUCUCUGCUCCUAUUGCGUCAAGAAACUGCAAAAUACUCAUCCAGACACGAUUCUGGCGGUCAUUGAGACAGAUAACUUUGGUCCGUUAAUGACACUUGUCAAUUAUUAUUCGAUCGAGCCGAGAUGGGAAAUCAGAAUGAGCGUCUUGAGUAUUCUUCACUGCUUACUAGGAAUUUCUGAAAACAUCGCAAGACAACUCACUCCUACAGUAUUCCCAGUCGAACUGGCAAGAGACAUUCGUGAUCACGUGCAAAAACCUAAGAGCCAAGAAUAUUUACUUCUCCUCUUCGAGGCCUUUUCAUUGUUGUUGUCAGCGGUAGAGCCCCUUACCGUCCAUACGCUGGAGCAUCUGACUGAAGAUUGGGCUUAUUCGGUGCUAAAUUUUAUCGAGAACAAUUCUGUCAAAAAGCUUGAAAAAACGAACUCCUCUCUCCUGAAACUCUUCCUUGCUUUCAACCUGCACUUCUCGCUCCCAGAGCACAAUCCGGUCCUUGCAGCGCUUUCCAAGAACCCUUCCUGGACCAAUUUCUCCGAAUUGCUCAUGCUGGUCAUGAAUCGCGGACACGAUCCUCUCCUCAACUCCGAAUACGAAGAAAUCACUUCUUUCCAAAGAAGCCAAAUCGAAAAACACUCGGUUCUCAAGAUCUUGACGGAUAUCUUCUCAAGUAAACAAACUGCCGACUUGUUCUACACAACAGAUCUGAACAUCCUCAUUGAAAUCAUCCUCCGAAAUCUCCUCGACCUGACACCCGACGAUCCAAAAAGAACCGACUUUUUACUCAUCCUCAAGUCCAUGAUCAAAAACUCCUGCUGGCAAGAAAACAAACACAAGAGCUCACAAAUCAAAUCGACGCUGAAUGUCUUUGCUACUGAAGAAAUACUGGAUUCAAACUCGGUCUCGUCGAAGAACAUGAAGAUUUCAAAAGCAAUUCUCGAAGAGUUCAAUCACUUUUUCAACUGA